AUGACGAUGGAAGCACCUGUAUCGGAAAUUGAGUACUUGGCCAGUGAAGUCAUUCUCAACUCCAACACAGUUUCGUACCGCAAAUUCUCGCGUCAGUUGAGCAUACCAAUCUCACAAGCUAAACAAACUCUAUAUGAAUACUACACCAAGAAUAAGGAACAAGUGUCGGCAUCCUUUGUCAUAACUGGCGCUUACAAGGAUGGUGUUAAAGGUGUGAAAUUUUCUGAGAAUGAAGAGAAGCUCAAACACGAUGUGGAGAAGUUUGACAGCAUAACAACGAUCCAUGUCUUUUGCGUGAUGAAGAAGGAGUUGGUUUUUACAAGGAAUGAGAUUGCUCUAGAGGAGUUGAAAACGAAGAGUCAAUUGAGUAAGAAGGCGGAGUAUGAAAAGAAUGGAAUGAUUAUCGGACCAAAAAUUGAUACGAGUUCAAUUCAAGAACUGGCAACUUCAACUUCAACUGCAACUGCAACUGGAACAACACCUUUACCACCAUCGAUACGGAAAUCAGACGACCAGCAAAAAGCAACUCCUCUGAAAAGUUCUGGCUUGUCGUCGUCCUAUGUCUCAAGAAAGCAGCAAAGUCAGCAAGCGAAACCCGUAUACACUUCACGCAAGCAAGAGACUUCCACGUCUCAAAAGAGGGCACUGACUGAGCCUGCCACUCCCUCGUAUCAAUAUAAGUCUCGCAAACUUGAACAAAAACAGCCUAAAGAACGAAUAGUUAUGGGAAAUUUGAACAAGGACCAAAAUGACGAUGACGAUGCAGAACCCAAGCGACAACAAGCUCCACCCCCAACCACUGACUUGGAAAAGUUGUUUGAUGAGGAUGAGACUUUUCAAUUUAGCGAUGACGAUGAUGUGGGGGUAAACGAAAAGAGAGAUAUUGGUUCGCAACCAGCAGAAUCAACUGAGGUGGUUGCCAAUACUGACGCUGAGGUCCCACCAGAAGGAAACGGUGAUGCUGCAGCCGAAGAAGCCAAAAAAGAACCAGAGGAAGAGCUAUUUGUUGACGAAGAAGAGGAAGGGGGUGAAGCUAAUAAGGAUGAUGAUAUGGAGACAGUCCAGGAAGUGGAUGAAGAUGGAUAUACAGUCACCAAACGUAAACCAAAAUCAGUGACAAAACCAAAAAGAAAACCAGUCGCCCCCAAACGUUCCGCACCUUCUGCAACAACCUCUAAGGUCAAGAAGGCCAGUACUGAUGGUAAGAAAAAGACUCAGACUUCAUUGAUGAGCUUUUUCGGUAAAAGGUGA